ACAUUUUCUUUUUGUUUAGCAAGAAAAAGAUGUGGGGAAAUUAUUAUUAAAUUAAUUUAGUGUGGACAGAUGAGCAAGAAAUGAAAUGGCAAAUGAAUAAAAGCUGCUUUGAAAGAUGUUGGUGUGCCUAUUCUUAAAGAAAAUAUAUUGUUUACAACAGCAAAUAAUCUAAGAAUCUGUGAGAUUACCCAUAGCCUAUUAGAAAAAUUAUGGAUGAUGCUGAGAUUAUAAUUAUUCUUUAACUGUGAUACUAUUUUACAUUUCCUUAAAUGUAUUUUAAUUUUAUUUGAUUGAUUUGCUGAUGUCUAAGUGAUGAUUGUAAAUAUGCUAUUUUAUUUCCAAAAAAAACAACAACAAACAUUUGUUGCAAUAAAAAAAAUCUAUUUUGAUUAAUAAUCAACCCAUAAAAUAGAAUAUCUAGACAUUUUUCUUAUAUAAAAUCAUGCAUUAGGUAUUAAUAUUUAGAAUGCAUCUAUUUUUUUCAUAAUAUUAAUUAUGUUCUUCAUUAACUUGUGUUGCAGAUUUGAUAUAGAUUUAAAAAUUAUUUACUUCAUUCUUAAAAAAUUACUUAAAAUCAAAGCAUUACUUUUCAAUUUUUUAAAUAAUAUUUUCAGCAUAAUAAUUAAUUCAUACUUUAAAAGUAUAGAUACCAGACACUUAAAUAAAAAAAAAAAUUCUCUUUCAAGAUUUAAAUCUUUCAAAAUGAAUUUUUAACAAACAUAAGUACUUUUCAAUUACAAAUAGUGUUUUACUAUAUAUUCAUUAAGAGUACACUUAUAUUUCUUUAAAUAAUAAUUAUUAAUCCUAUCAAUACAUUCAAAAUUGAUUCAAUGUUACAUGCAAUAAAGAGAAACUCAAAACAAACUUAGAAAAAAAUUGAGGAUCAUUCUUGUCACAAAAUUAGAUAAAUUGGCAGCACAAACAAAAAAAUACUCUUGACCUAUUUCCCAGUUUGAUUCAACUUCCGGUAGUGAACAGAAAUGACAUGGAUCUAAAAAAUCAAGACUUUCCUCCUCUCAAAUAAAAAUUAAUAUCUCCCCUUCCACUUGUCAUACAAUGAUAAAUUUAGUAUGGUUGGAAAUAUUUUUUCAAGCCCUAUUCAACCAUAUAGGUUUUAUUAGUAUAUUCUUGUUUUGAGUUUUGCAAGUGCUGCUGUGGACUGUGCAAGUCUGGCAAGUAGUUCAUCUGAGAUAAUAGCUCCAAGCUCCCAACUAAUGUUCUUUGUCCAGCUGUCUGCAAGUAAUGGCUCGCAUACGCUACGCUUCUGAUUUUGACAAAUCAGUUUUGCUAAACAAUUUUGAAAAUCGUGGUUGGAUACAAGUCUCACCGGAAGAGGAUUGGAAUUUUUAUUGGGCAGGUGUUCACAAUAUACGCAAUGUCUUUAGUGUUGAAAGUGGAUUCAGGUUGCAGGACAACCAAGUUAUAAAUCAUUUUCCUAAUCACGUGGAGCUGACACGAAAAGAUUUAAUGGUGAAAAAUAUAAAACGUUACAGAAAGGACCUUGAGAAAGAUGGUAAUCCUUUAGCAGAAAAAGAUGAAACUGGGCGCUUCGUGCACUUAGAUUUUAUUCCAUUAACUUUCAUGCUACCAGCAGACUACAAUCUUUUUGUUGAAGAGUUUAGGAAAAACCCAAACACAACAUGGAUAAUGAAACCAUGUGGCAAAGCAAGAGGUAUAGGAAUAUUCUUAGUGAACAAGUUAUCUCAGUUGAAAAAGUGGUCCAGAGAUGGCAAAGGCAGUGUAUUUAGUCCACCAACUGCUAAAGAGACUUACGUCAUUUCUAAAUAUAUAGACAAUCCGCUUCUGAUUGGAGGGAAAAAGUUUGAUCUAAGAUUGUAUGUUUUGGUGACUUCUUUCAGACCACUGAAAUGUUACAUCUAUCAUCUGGGUUUCUGCCGUUUCUGUACAGUCAAGUACAAUGCCAGCCUGAACGAACUGGACAACAUGUUUGUUCAUCUCACCAAUGUCUCCAUACAAAAACAAGGAGAAGACUACAAUGCAAUCCAUGGUGGGAAGUGGACAACACAAAACUUAAGAUUGUUUCUGGAGAGCACCAGAAGUAAGGAAGUCUCUGACAAACUUUUUGAUGAAAUCAACUGGCUGAUUGUUCAUUCACUCAAAGCUGUAGCUAGUGUAAUCUCCAAUGACAGACAUUGUUUUGAAUGCUAUGGAUAUGACAUUAUCAUUGAUGAUAAUCUGAAGCCAUGGCUGAUUGAGGUCAAUGCAUCACCAUCCCUGUCUGCUACUACCUCAAGUGAUCGCAUCAUGAAAUACAGACUGAUAUCAGAUGUUAUUAACAUUGUCAUUCCACCUGGAGAACUUCCAGAUGUCAGGUGGACCAAAAUACCAGACAAAGAAAACUACGGCCAUUUUGAAUUAUUAUAUGAUGAAGAGCUUGCAAAUAAUGAACAAAGUAAUCAAGAAAUGAAAGUCAAAGCAUCUUCUUUAAACUUUCCUGGCAAGAGAGACGCUCGUAAAGGGGGACAAGCUACUUGGAAAUAAUGUUUUUUUUUGUUUUUUAGGCAAAUUUAGUGUUUUCCGUCCUGUAAUUUAAUUUUUUGUUUAUCAAAAUACCUUUCAAAUUAGUAGUUGAAGACAUUCCAUAUUUUAAGCUGUGUGAAUGGAUUUUUUUUUUUAACUACCUCUUUGUUGAUAUUGGAUUUUCAAUAUUUUAUAAGAUGAUUUUGGUUGUAUAUGUUAAGGUUUAGUGUUAUAAGAAUUAUUUUGACCGAUUUGUAGUGCCUCUGCUGUUUUCUUUUUAUUAGUGAUAAAUCUUACGGGGCUUUUUUUUCUGAUGGUUUUGUUCUAGUCUAUACUUUGCUGUUGAAGAUUCCUAAAUAGGUUAAAGAGCAUUUGAAGUGUGUACUUUUUUAAGACUUUUUUUUUUGUGAUACACAAAUGUCUUGUUGAUUGUUUUCUUCAUCUACAGAGAAGAUUCCAUGAACACUUUUCAUUUAUAAUAAAGUUCACAUUUGCCACCAAGAA